UAAGAUGGUGGCUGACGGCGCUCGCGGUCUGGCCGUCCCCCUCCCCGGAGGGACCCCUCGGCCUGAGGUGAAACCUGCGGUUAAGAAUUUGAAUUUCUGCUUGUUUGGCAAUGCAGCGCAUGAAAACAGUGGCUGUGAGGACCUGGUUAAACAAAGCGAAGCAUUCUAUCAUUACAAGCCCCAGGUGAACGGCACGAAGCCAGAAAUGAGCGCACAGUUUUUCUCUCCAUUGUUUGGAGGGAUCACAAAUACACCACCCAAUGUGGAGUCUCCCCAGUUAUACUGUAGCUGGUCAACAUGUGCUGACGACACCAGUGCUGUUGCUCCGUUGCAAGAUUGCACCAAAAAAAGGGCACAGAUCAAUCUGUCAUACUCCGGCAACGGGCCUGACAUGUUUGGUUUAGUAUCGAGCAUCCUAGAGGAGCCGAACAAGCAAGAACCUGUAACAGACUGGAACGCUCUUUCAAGAUUGUUCCCGCCCAUGUGGUCGUCAGACUCAGAAAACAGUUUCUCAGGGCUUUUUCCUAAACAUAUUUUGGAACACAAAGAUCACACUAACUUAGUUGGUACCCUGCAGCCUUAUGAGGAAGACUUGAGAGAGUCGCCCUCUACAGAGUCAUUAAAGAAAGGCCUUGACAGUUUCUACCUUACAGGAACUUGGCACGCGCUUUCCAAUCCUUGCGCUCAGCCUCCGGAAAAGAUGUUCAGGGACACUGCUCCCGCAAACAAGGUUUUCAAACGGCAUGGAAUCAGUCAACAAGACGGUCUGGAAUAUCGGAACAUGCACAGUUAUGAGAAGAAGCAAUUACAUACUGACGGCGGAAGGAGUCGUACAGAUUUUACCACUUUCUCAUCUCAAGCUCGAGUAAAAGGCGGCGCUGAUAAAGAAUAUCCAAAAACAGAUCAAGCAGGAGGAGUCCUUGGGGGAAACAAUCCAGAGGGACCGUGUCAGUACUUUGGCCAACUGUCUAAUAAUGCUUCUGCUGAGGGCAUCUGGGACCUGGUGACCCAAGAAAGCAACUUGUCCCCUGAAAGAUACACAGAUUUCACCGCCGCACCCGAUUCACUGCAGUUUACCUUUCCAUCCCUGUACGUUUGCAGUCCAACGUCUAAUAAAGAAAACCGCUUUCCCGAUGGAACGCAUGCAAAACUGCAGGAGACCUACCCGCCGAACGCCCGUAAUAGUAUUAAUACGGAAACAACCUUUAACGCUGAAUGUAAAGUCCCCGUUUAUCCUCCCAAAGUAUCCUGUAAUCCCUUGCCUCUAAAGCCAGCCACACAGAAUACAAAUUCAUCUUACAAUGGAUACACGUGGUUGGAUACUAAAAUACUGAACACGGCGACUAUGUCGUGUGCCGCUUACAGGAAGCCAGUGAGCUCUCACCUGUCUCCACCUCACUCGAGCGGGUCUUCCGAUCAGUCUGCAGGCCAGCUUGUCUGUCCACAGAGGUCAGCCACGUCCCCUUUGAGAAACGGCGAGAAACUGCAAGUGUCCAGUAACGUUCAGAAUAGCUCAGGGUUUUCCAGCUCCUCGGAAAAACAGAAGAAACCUAGCCCCAUCGGCUGCUCCCAGAACCCUCCCUCUGUGACUCCAGAAGGACUCUAUGGCAAGAUACCGAUCAGUGUCCCAUCCAGCGGGCCGCCGCCGCAGUAUCCCGCCAACGAGAAUGCCAAAUAUCACAGAUUUCAUAAUAAGCAAAGCCAAUUUAAUGCUCACGAAUGGGCAGCGCAUAACGAGAGAAGGGGUAAAAACAGUGGGAUUCCGCACCCGGGCUACGCAGGCCCGAAUCGAGCUCAGUUCGAUGCUUUGAGAAGGAAGCAAGAUCAGAACGGGGGCUGCCUGGCAGACUUCAUCAACCCUUCGUUCCUUCCCCUUUUCCCGUUCGUGCCUGGCUAUAAGCCCACGCCCAGUUUCCCCCCGUUUGGCCCGCACCCUUUCCCGUCGCCAGCAAACGUUGCCUUCUCGCCGCUGCCCUUUCCGCUGUCGGAACUGGUGGACCUUUUCCACUGCGAGGAUUUUCACCACCUGAGCCCCUUCAUCAACGAUCUCUUCUGCGCAGAAGUGUCCGCGCCGUGUUUCGCCUUUCCCCCUCCUCUGAACACCUGCAGGCCUCCAAAGAACCGCAGCGGACCUGCAAAUGAGCUCCAUGUUCAUCUGGAGGAAUGUUACGAUCAGUGGAGGGCGCUCGAGAGGGAACGGAAAAAGGCUGAGGCAGACCUAGCCAGAAACUUCCCAGGGAAGCGAGUAUCCAGUUCGAACAACACUCCGUUCUCCAGGCUUCCCGCUAAACCUUCCCGGGUGGAUCGCUUGAUUGUGGAUCAGUGGGUCCCGAUACAUUCUGCCCCCUUUGCUGCCUUUAGUGGUCACCACACCUCAAAACGGACGUUAUAG